AUGUCGAAGCCCUUGACCCCUUUUGAGAAUGCACUCGCUGGUGCGCUAGGUGCUGACCCCAGUGUCAAGACGCGUAUCCAGGCCGACCGGAACACCGCUGAUGAUGGCAAAGUGAAGAAGCAGCUUGGCAUUGUCGAGACCCUCAUUAGCAUCAUCAAGAGCAAGGAGGGCCCCGUCGCGCUGUACCGCGGGUUCGCCGCCAACAUGGCGAACUCGUUCAUUCAGCAAUUCGCCUACUUCUACUGGUACACGCUCGUCCGCUCUUUGUAUAUCCGCCGCAUCCUGCAGUCGAAGGAGCUUGCGCCUGCGCUCAGCACGGCUACCGAGCUAAUCCUCGGUGCCCUGUCGGCUGCGCUUGCGCAGCUUUUCACGACUCCAGUGGGUGUGGUUGCCACGCGCCAGCAGAUUGGCUCGGGUGAGAACAGCGGCGAAGACGAGACUGUUGCUGGCCACGUCAAAGACAUCUACGAGAAGGACGGCAUCACUGGCUUCUGGCGCGGCCUCAAGCCUAGUCUCGUGCUGACGGUGAACCCCGCGAUCACCUACGGCGUGUUUGAGCGUAUCAAGAAUAUCAUUCUUGCUGCUUCCGACGGCAAAAUGACACCCGGAAAGUCAUUCCUGGUCGGCGCGCUCUCCAAGACGCUCGCCACGAUCGUUACCUUCCCUUACAUCCUGUCCAAGAUUCGCCUGCAGGCCAAGAACACGCCGUACAAGAGCGCGUUCGAGGUCCUUGGCGGCAUCUUUAAGGAGAAGGGUAUCCUGGGUUGGUACCAGGGCAUGCAGGCUCAGAUCACUAAGGCCGUCUUGUCGCAGGCCCUGCUGUUCUACUUCCGCGACUACUUCGAGAUCUGGACCCGCCAGCUCCUUGCCCUGUCUGGCAAAAAGUAA